AUGACUCUAUUUAAUGAUUCCUUUCUUGAGUCCCUUCGAGCUCAGAUUCCCACGCAUAUCCAAGUUAUCUCUGAAGGUCACGCGGCAUAUGAAGACGUCUGCGCGACGUGGAACAUUCGAUCCCAGUGCCGCCCGAUCGCAGUCGUGCAGCCUAAUACCACAAAUGAGGUCUGUACCGUCAUAAGAGUCGUCAAUAACUUGGGCGUUCGCCAAGUAGCUGUCCGUGGGGGUGGGCAUUCCUUCGAAGGCCUGUCUUUAGGAGGACAAGAUGGCGCCAUUGUGAUAGACAUGGUGAAGAUGAAGAUGGUUUCUUCUCUUCCUACCAAGUAUGAGCUUACGGCUCAAGGAGGCGCGCUACUAUCAGACAUUCAUUUGCAUGCUUUUGAGAAUGGAAAAAAAAUGGUUCCCCUCGGUACAUGCCCUUCUGUUGGGGUUGGUGGCCAUGUUCAGUGCGGUGGUUACGGAUUUCAUUCGCGCACAUAUGGCCCGCUUGUCGAUAGAGCCAUUGCAUUUGAGGUCGUCACAGCAGACGGUGAGGUCGUGGUGGCGAACGAUAGCCAAAACACCGAUUUAUUUUACGCAUUGAGGGGUUCUGGAAUGGGCUCUUUUGGGGUCAUCACAUCAGUGACUUUGCAAACUAAUGAUGUCCCCAACACUAUUACAAAUUUCUCAAUCGUGUGGGACCUGAAAGUCUCCGACCUACCUCAAAUUUUGACUAAGGCUCAAUCUGCAUGUCUUGACGCCCCUCUGUUCUACAACCCCAUGAUCAUCGCAUGGGCAGGGAAAUUUGAAAUAUUCGGUACGAUCCUCGCUCCAUGUGAGGCAACCCGAGAUGCAAGUUGGAAAAGGUUCCUGUCCUUUCUUCCUCGGCCAAGCUUUAUCAAAAUGCAACCAAUGGACUACCUCGAGUCUGUUCUGGAUAUUUCUAAAAACCAAACUUCAGCCCCGUGGUAUGAUGACCUAAAGACCAUCGGGCGCGAGAAACGAGAGCAUUUUCGUUUCAUGAAAAUCAAGUCCGGGUUCAUUCGUGAGCCAUUGGAUGAUGAGUCGAUCCAAGCUAUCGGCAAUUUCCUCGCAACACAGCCGUCAACAGGUGUGAGAGUGCAACUACUUGCACUCGACGCAUCCGAUGACGGAAUGCCGGACACGUCUGUAAGAGCACGUCGCUGUACCUGGCUUAUGGGAAUGUCUGCAUAUAUCACGAAACGGGAUCAUACCGAGGACGAACUGAUACCCGAGGGCAAGUGUCGAUUGCUUUGGCUGAACCAGGCAUACGAUCUGUUUCGCCCGUUAAGCGUUGGUGCGUACCUCGGGGACGAUGACUUGGACGAGGGGAACAAUUUUGCUUCACUGAUGGAAAGUUUUUAUGGGCAUCAUUUUCCUGGUUUGAAAAGAGUAAAGGGGAAGUAUGAUCCCAGGAAUCUCUUCAAUCACCCACUGAGUAUACCACUGCCAACAGUGGAUUGA